AGCAGAGAGAGACUACAGCAGAGAAGACAGAAGAGAGGGAAGGAGGUUGAGUCGCACUCCACAAGCAUGUGGUCGGCUUUCAACAAGGCCCUUGACUCCGUCCAGGAUCGCCUGGACGACGUGCUGGAGACAAAUGCGGCCGAGGAGCAGCCGCUACAAGGCGCUGAGCCACCGGCCCCUGCCAAUCCGACUAGGACUCAAGCACAUCGACAACCGCAGCAGCAGCAACUGCAGGCAACGCUGGCGUCGCGCGCCGUCCCGGAAGAGGCAUCAGGAUACCAGUUGCCGUCCCAGAAGCUGCGAGAAUGGCAGCGCGCCCUCGGCCUCUCCAUGAACUCUCGCCGCACGCUCUCUCGCCUCAAGGGCGAGGUUGCACAAGCAAUCGAGGACGUCCUCAAUGAAUGCGAGGUGACGGUUGCGACGUGCAGCGACCAGAGCGAUCAGAUGAAGGCACUGGAGGACGAACACGAGGCGCAGAACAAGGCCAUCAUCCGCAUGCAACAGACCAUCAAGGGGCUUGAGGCGCAGCUCAAAGAGAAGGAUGAGGCCCUUGAAAGUCAGCAGAAAGAGCACGAUCGCAAGCUGAUCCGCCUCAAAUCCCAGGCAAAGGCGAAAAUUGCAGCGCUCGAACAGAGGCUCAAGGGCAGCACGGCUGCGUCGAGUCGCGAGUCCACGUCCGAGACAGCGACGCCACCAGCAACACCGUCAUCAUCAUCGUCAUUGUCACCAUCCAUUGCAGCGGUGGAGGCAGAGGUGGAGGCACUCAAGGCAAAGAACGCAGAACUGACACAACAGUGCAGUGCGCUGCAGGCCGAGCUCACAGAUGCACGCAAACAACCCGCCAUGGUCCAGCAACAGCAGCAGAAUGACGAUGUUGCCGCAGGGACGCAGGAAGCAGCAGAGCUCGAGGCGCAGCAGGAGCAAGAGCAAAAGAUGCAGCAGCUGCAGCAAGAGGUCGCCAGGCUGGAGGCUGAGCUCUCUGCGAUGCGUGAGCUCGACCAAACCCGUGCAGAGCAGCUGAGCGAGCAGCGCACAGAGAUGACCGCGCUCGCAGAGCGUUAUACCACCACCGAAUCCCGGCUGAGGGAAGUUAAUCUUGAGCGGGAGGAGCUGCAGCGCGAGCUGUCGUCCCUGCAGCAAACACACGCGGCGCUUGACACCACACACGCGCAGAUGAGGGAGGAACGCGACGCGCUUGCUGCGGAGUUGACAGAGGCGACAACAACGAUUGAAACGCUGGAAGACGACAGCAUGAAGUUGCAGGAGCAAGUGGACACGCUGCAGCAGCAGCUAAAGGAGAGCGAGCAACGGCAGCAGCAGCAGCAGCAGCAAAACGAAGAGAAGCAAGAAAAGGAAGAAGAAAAGAAGCCAGACCAAGAGACACCGCAGCAGCCACAGCAGCAACAGCAACAAGAAGAGGAUGAAAGUGGUGACGAGGUGCGGCGGCUGCAGAGUCAGCUGGAGGAGCGAGAGCUGCGCAUUGACGAGCUCCAGCAGAAGCAGGACGAAAUGAUGGAGCACGUGGCAAAGGAGGUGGCCGCGCGCACGUUUGAGGAGGCGACGCAGGCGCACGCAGAGGAGGUGCAACGACUGCAGCUGCGCACAGAGGAAACGGCACGCGAGCUCGAUGCAGCGCGGGAGGAGGUUGAAACGAUGAAGGAAGAGGUGAAGGCGAAGGACGAGGAGGUGCAACGACUGCGUGCAUCCGUGGAACAAGCAGGAAGCACACAGGCAGAGCAAGUGCAAGAGCUGCAGCAACAGCUUGAGGCAGCGAGGGAGGAGCUGUCACUUCGGCGGCAACAAGAGGACAACCUUGCGCGCACACAGGCGAACAUGGCUGGAGAGCUGGCGUCAGCGCAGGAUGCCGUGUCCGCUUUGGAGGCGCAACGCAAUGAUCUGCAAACGCGCCUGCAAUUGGCGACGGAGGAAGUGGAUGCGUUGCAAGCCGAGCGCACGCAACUGCAGACACAGCUGGCUGCACAGGAGAAGGAAGUGGCACGCCUGCAGCAAGAGGCGGCGAUGGUCAACGAGCAAAUGCAGACGUCAUCUGUGGAGAAGCAGGAGGAAACGGAAGCGCUGCGGGCGCAGUGCACGGACCUGCACACUGAAAUCAGUCGUCUCAGAAAGCAGUUUGCAUCCAAGGACUUGGAAGCACAGGACGAGUUCCAGGGUGUUGUGCGGGAGCUUCAGGAGGAGCUGAAUGAGCGCUGCAAACAGCACGAGACAACGAGCGAACAGCUCAGCGCAUGCCAACAGCAACUCAAGGUCACGAAGACGGAGCAGCUGCAAGCGGCGGAGAAGCAGAUUGAGACGUUGCAUGUGCGGUUGCAACAUAUGGAGAGCGAGCACACGACCAACUUCGACUCCAUUACGCAACUUCGCGACACGCACCGGCAGGAGAUGGACAAGUGCCGGCUGGAGUAUGAAUCCAAGCUUUCCGCCAUACAGAGCGAACUGGAGGAUGCUCAGUCCAGGUGCCAGCUGCUUGAGACGGAGUCUGCUGAUCUGAUGCGAUCACUGGAGGAGAGCCAGUUGCACGCACGCGCGGUGGAGGCGCAGAUGGCGGAGCAGUCGCAGGCGCUGGCUGAGGCCCGGGAGGAGGCGGCGGCAGCAGCAGCACAGGUGGUGACGCUCAAGGAAGAGGUGGAGGUGACGAAGCAGCAACAACAACAACAAGAACAACAACAAGAACAAGAACAACAACAAGAACAACAACAACAAGAACAACAACAACAAGAACAACAACAGCAACAACAACAACAACAACAACAACAACAACAACAACAACAACAACAACAACAACAACAACAACAACAACAACAACAACAACAACAACAAGACGAGGAAGGUGGUGAUGAGCUGGGCAGUCUUGAUGCGUCCAUGGUGUCCAUCUCGCUGGAGGGCGACCAACCAUCCACAGACGUUGCCACAACAUCAACAGCAGCAGCAGCAUCAGGAAAAGGUGAUGAUGCCAGCGGAGCAAGCAAUGUGGUCGCGGAGGCCAUGCAACACGCAGGCAGAUUGGUUGGCGACGCGGGUGCUGCCGUGAGCGAUGUGAACGAGGCGCGUGAGCGCAUUGCACAACUGCAACAGCAGCUGUUGCGCACACAGGAGGCGGCAGCAAAGGAGUUGCAGCAGCUGCAGGCGCAGACAUCACGCCUGUCGAGUGAGAAGCUUGCGCUGGAGCAAUCCAUGCUGAAGCAGUCCAACCACGUGUCUGCUGUAGAACAGGAACUGGCACUGUUGCGACGACAGUUUGAACAGGGCGGUGACGGAAGUGGCGGCGCUGGCUCGCGUGAUAGCGUCACUGUCACUGUUGCGCAAUCAGAGGGAAGCAACGGCAACAAAGGCUCACCCUCGACUUCAUCAGCAUUCUCUGCGUCGUCACCAUCGAAGAAGGGGCCCUUGCUCCCGUUUUCGACCGCAGGUGCAUCUGCAAACAUGGCGACGGUGACGACCGGCCUUGUGAACUGCCUCAGCCUGGUGUCGGAUCGAAGGCUCAGCAAACGGGGUGCUGCGGUGUAUUUGGUUGUUGUGCACGCGCUUGUUCUCUUCAUGACCUUCCAUUGUUACUUGCUUGGCUGA